GGGGGGGGGGGGGGGGCAAAUAUUGGGGGGGUCCCCCCAGAAAUUGAGGGGCACGACCCCCAAACACCAGGGAAUGAUCCGCCGUUAUCAGAGAGCCUCGGGGUCGGAGACCCCCAACUGAUGGGGGGCAUCCCCCCAAAAAGGGGGGAGGUCCUCGACGAUGACGGGGUGUCGCCAAUAAACGGGGGGGUGGUCCCUAAAAUCAGAGGUUUGCCCCCCCCCAUCUCCAAGGGGGUCCUUACAAAUCGGGGGGGGGGGUCCCCAGGAUGUGGGGGUCGCUGUGCCCCCCCCCCCUUUGCAGUGCCUUUCUGCCCCCCUCCCCCACCCGGGGCGACCCCAAUAAAGGGAGCAGUGAUUUCAGGCGGGUCUCUUUGUGGGCGGGGCUUCAGCGCCUCCCCCCCCGUUGUCACUUUUUCCCCUUUUUUGUCUUUUUUUUUCUGUUGUUUUCAAGGAUUUUUCUUUUAAUUUUCACGUUUUUUCACAGCACCUUCCCUCUUUAUCCCCCUUUGUCCCCCUUUGUCCCCUUUGUCCCCUUUGUCCCACCUUUAUCCCCCGCGCCGCCCCGCAGCGCCCCAAGCAUCCCUGCUCUCUCUUAUGGGGCGCCUGUCCUCCCCCUCCCCCGCAGUACCUGCAUGCCAGGCCCAUGGAGCUCACCGCAGUCCCAGUGUCCCCUAUAGGAGCCCCACUGCGCUCCCCGUAUUCCCCCAUAGGAUCCCCUAUAGGACCCCCACCGCAGUCCCUAUAUCCCCUAUAGGACCCCCUAUAGACCCCCUAUAUUUCCCCUAUAGGACCCCCUAUAGGACUCCCUGCCCCCCCCGAGCUGCAGCAGCGCCCCACGCCUCCCGCCAUAGCUCCGGCCCUGGCCCCGCCCCGCGCCGGCACUGCAGGCCAAUCCUCGCUGCGUAAGCAAAUAUUUGACCAAUGGAGGGAAGGGGGGCGUGGUUACGGCGGCAGGCCCCGCCUCCCGCGUUGCGGGUUUCCUCUUGCGUGACGUCACCAAAGCGCAGCCAAUAGGCAGCGCCGGCUGCACGUGGUGGCCAAUGAGAGUGCGGCUCGGCCCCCUGCAGGGGCGGUACGGUCGACCCCGUACAGCCCUCUCAGAGCCGGAGGAGGGGAAGAUGGCGGCGGCGGACGGCGACGAUUCGCUCUACCCCAUCGCCGUGCUCAUCGACGAGCUCCGCAACGAGGACGUGCAGCUCCGUCUGAACAGCAUCAAGAAGCUGUCGACCAUCGCGCUGGCGCUGGGCGUGGAGCGCACCCGCAGCGAGCUCCUGCCUUUCCUGACGGACACAAUCUACGAUGAGGACGAGGUGCUGCUGGCGCUGGCGGAGCAGCUGGGCACCUUCACCGCCCUCGUGGGGGGGCCGGAGUUCGUCCACUGCCUGCUGCCCCCCUUGGAGAGCCUGGCCACGGUGGAGGAGACGGUGGUGAGGGACAAGGCGGUGGAGUCGCUGCGCGCCGUGUCCCAUGAGCAUUCCCCCGCUGACCUGGAGGGCCAUUUCGUGCCGCUGGUGAAGCGCUGGCGGGGGGGGGAUUGGUUCACGUCCCGCACCUCCGCCUGCGGCCUCUUCAGCGUCUGCUACCCCCGUGUUUCCAGCCCCGUGAAGGCCGAGCUGCGGCAGUAUUUCCGCAAUCUCUGCUCUGAUGACACCCCCAUGGUGCGCCCGCGCCGCCGCCUCCAAGCUGGGAGAGUUGCCAAAGUUCUGGAGCUGGAGCACGUCAAGAGUGAAAUCAUCCCCAUGUUCUCCAACCUGGCCUCCGACGAGCAGGACUCGGUGCGGCUGCUGGCGGUGGAGGCUGCUGUGAACAUCGCGCAGCUGCUGCCGCAGGAGGACCUGGAGGCCCUGGUGAUGCCCACACUGCGCCAGGCGGCCGAGGACAAAUCCUGGCGCGUCCGUUACAUGGUGGCCGAUAAAUUCACCGAGCUGCAGAAAGCCGUGGGUCCAGAGAUCACCAAGACGGACCUGGUGGGCGCCUUCCAGAACCUGAUGAAGGACUGCGAGGCCGAGGUGCGGGCGGCCGCGUCCCACAAGGUCAAAGAGUUCUGUGAGAAUUUGUCCCCCGACUGCCGCGAGGCCGUCAUCAUGGGUCAGAUCCUGCCCUGUAUUAAGGAAUUGGUGUCAGAUGCCAACCAGCACGUGAAGUCGGCGCUGGCGUCCGUCAUCAUGGGGCUGUCGCCCAUCCUGGGCAAGGACAACACGGUUGAGCAUCUGCUGCCUCUGUUCCUGGCGCAGCUGAAGGAUGAGUGCCCCGAGGUGAGGCUGAACAUCAUCUCCAACCUGGACUGCGUCAAUGAGGUGAUCGGCAUCCGGCAGCUCUCGCAGUCGCUGCUGCCCGCCAUCGUGGAGCUGGCCGAGGACGCCAAGUGGCGCGUGCGGCUGGCCAUCAUCGAGUACAUGCCGCUGCUGGCGGGGCAGCUGGGCGUGGAGUUCUUCGACGAGAAGCUGAACUCACUGUGCAUGGCCUGGCUGGUGGAUCACGUGUACGCCAUCCGGGAAGCGGCCACCAGCAACCUGCGCAAACUGGUGGAGCGCUUUGGGCAGGAAUGGGCGCAGGGCACCAUCGUGCCCAAGGUGCUGGCGAUGGCCACCGACCCCAACUACCUGCACCGCAUGACCACGCUCUUCUGCAUCAACGUGCUGUCGGAGGUGUGCGGGCAGGAGAUCACCACCAAGCAGAUGCUGCCCACGGUGCUGCGGAUGGCGGCCGACGCCGUGGCCAACGUGCGCUUCAACGUGGCCAAAUCGCUGCAGCGCAUCGGGCCCAUCCUGGACAGCAGCACGCUGCAGAACGAGGUGAAGCCGGUGCUGGAGAAGCUGACGCAGGACCAAGAUGUGGACGUCAAAUACUUCGCCCAGGAGGCGCUGAGUGUGCUGGCGCUGGCCUGACCCCCUCCGGACCCCCAUCGCCCUCCUCGCAUGUCACCGCUGCCCCCCACCCGGUGCCACCACCCCCACGGGGGGCUUCGUGGCCUUGUCACCACGUCCCCCCCGCUGUCCCUUCGGUUAUUAACGAUAACGAAUUCGCCGUUAAUUAAUAAACCGCCACUCGGACCGUC